UGUCAGCUGUAACCAGCUGUAACUGACAACAUGCUGACAACCAGCUGAUGAACUUAACCUAAAUUAAGAUGGUUGACGAAAGUACUCGUAAAACUUUAAGUAAUAUUCCCUUACUCAAAACAAAAGCUGGUCCGAGAGAUAAAGAACUAUGGGUUCAACGAUUAAAGGAAGAAUAUCAGUCGUUAAUUAAGUAUGUACAAAAUAAUAAGGAAGCAGAUAAUGAUUGGUUUAGGCUAGAAUCGAAUAAAGAAGGUACCAAAUGGUUUGGUAAAUGUUGGUAUGUACAUAAUUUAUUGAAGUACGAAUUUGAUGUUGAAUUUGAUAUUCCUGUUACAUAUCCAGUAACUGCACCAGAAAUAGCCUUACCAGAACUUGAUGGAAAAACAGCAAAAAUGUAUCGAGGAGGAAAAAUUUGCCUUUCAGACCAUUUUAAACCUUUGUGGGCAAGAAAUGUUCCAAAAUUUGGUAUUGCACAUGUCAUGGCUCUGGGAUUGGGACCAUGGUUGGCAGUAGAAAUACCAGAUUUACUAGAGAAAGGCAUAAUUUCUUACAAGGAAAAAAUAGAAAAUUAAGUCUUAAUAUAAUAUAUUUUAAAAUUACUUUAAUAAAAGUUGUUUGAUAUUUUUUUACA